GAAGUUGAACCGAGUCAGGCAACGUCGUCGCAUGUUAAUCGCAGCUGACGGACAGUACUUGGGGAUUUCCCUGUCAAAAGCCUCUCCGCCGCCGCUGACGCCUACCUGAGCAACGAGAGCUGCCUUCUCUGAGCUCCCAACGCUUCCCCUCCGCCGCCGGAAAAACCUGAGCCUCCCUGCCUCCCUCCUCGGCCUUGCUCAGUUGCUAUCUCCUCGCCUCAGCAGCCUAUAAUGCGCCGCAUUGAACAAUGGAGCUAACCGAGGCUCCGCAUCGGUCUACCUCCUCCUCCUCCUCCGCCGUCGUUGCCGUAAAUGAUGAUUGCAAUCAAACAUGCCAGCAGGACCAGGUCCCUCCUCCACCGCUCUCUUGGACUCGGGUCAGGUCUUUGUCCCUCCUUGUCCUCCGCCGCCCUGCAGUUCUCCUCUCUCGAGACCGCCGUCGCUCCUACCAGUCCACUCCAUCGCAGGAUCAGCCCCACCGGUUCCCUAAUCACUAAGGAGCUGGUGGACACCUUCACGGAGUGGUUCCAGUGGGGCAACAACGCGCUCCUCUCCCGAAUCUUCGAUAUCCUGAAGGCCGACCAGGGCCCCGACCACUCGGCUUCGGACCACGCGCUCUCGCAGCUGAACCUCCGCCUGACGGAGUCCUUCGUUCUCGAGGUCCUCCACGAUGGAAGAAGACGACCCUCCGGCGUCCUCCUUUGCCUCAAGUUCUUUGAUUGGGCCGGGCGACAGCCGCAGUUCUACCAUACCCGCGCGACCUUCCACGCUAUGAUCAAAAUCCUCGCCAAGGCCAAGCGGAAGAUGCAGAUGGUGGACUUCCUGGAGAAUAUUGAGAGGCAUGCUUACAAGUUGCGAUUUCAUGAUACUCUGGUGAUGGGCUACGCUUUGGCCGGGAAGCCGGAUCGUGCACUCCACCUGUUCGGCAGAAUGCGAUUCAAAGGUUUGGACUUGGACUCAUAUGCAUACCAGGUGCUGUUGAACGCCUUGGUAGAGGACAACUGCUUCGACGCAGUUAAAGUGCUCGAGAACCAGGUUUCGAUUCGUGGGAUUGAUAGUCCAUUUAUUCAUUCGGUCAUGAUCAAGUCUCUCUGCAAACAAAACCAGCUGGACCGCGCCACGAAAUACCUGCACGGUCUGCUGAGGGAAGGGAAGAAGAUGAAUGCCCAGUUGGUAGCCACUCUCAUUGCUACACUCUGCAAGAGGCAUAAGUUUGAGCAAGCACAUUCCUUGAUGGAGGAGUUUAGAGAAUUAAGAGUAGCACGGAUGGAGGAUAUAUAUGGUAUUUGGUUGAGAGAGCUCAUUCGAGCUGGGAGGUUGGCCAGAGCUUUCGAGUUCUUCCAGAGCAAGAAACAAUUGGAAGGAUACGUCCCUGAUGUAUUCCGAUACAACAUGUUGAUAUACCAUCUGUUGAGGAAGAAUCGGUUAUGGGAUGUAUUUGAUUUAUUGGUGGAAAUGAAGGAGAACAAGAUUCCACCUGAUUGGGAAACGAUCAAUGUAACCUUGUGCUUCUUCUGCAAGAUGGGGAUGGUGGAUGUUGCCCUUGAGUUGCACAGCUCCUGCAGUGAUUUCAAUUGGUCGCCCAGCCGCAUGUUCUAUAAUUUUCUGAUCAAUGCAUUGUGUGAUAAUAAGAGCACAGAUGAAGCGUACCAAAUCUGGAAGAGUUCCAUUGCCAGCGGUUAUUUUCCGGGUAAAAAGUCCUUUGGCAUUCUCACUGAUGCUUUGUUUAGGGAGAAUAAGAUCAAUGAGAUGAUGGAGCUUGUUCUUGCUGCCUUGGAGCAGAAUUUUCUGCCUAAUGCUUCCACAUAUCACAAGUUUGUGUUGGCCUUGUGCAAGGCAAGGAGGGUAGAAGAAGGUUAUCUACUUCAUAGAGAAGUUAGCAAGAUUGCUAAAUUCAGCCAGCGGAGAGACUCUUUCGUCCACCUGAUACGCGCUCUUAGCAGGUCUAAUAGAGGGGAUAUGGCCGCAACACUUCUCAUUGAUAUGCAAGGGAAUGGUCAUAGGGUGACUUUGUCACUGUACAAGUCGGUCAUUCAAUGCUUGUGCAAUAUGGAUGAUCCCGGGAGAAGGGUCCUCACAUUGCUAGAGAGGCAGUUGUCUUAUUCUGGGCCCAAAGCUUUUGUCUUUAACUUCAUCAUCUGUGGAGCUGGGUGUGCCAGAAAUCCUGAACUGGCUAGAGAAGUCUAUGAGAUAAUGAAGAGAAGCGGCCUUAGUCCCAGUGUGACCACUGACCUCCUUCUCUUGAAAAGCUAUCUGACGAGUGGAAGGAUCUUUGAUGCUCUGAAUUUUUAUGGUGACAUCGGACAGAGAAGAACAAUAAAGAGAAGACUAUAUACUGCCAUGGUGGUUGGCCUCUGCGAAGCUGGUAGGACAGAUUAUGCCCUAGAGUUCUUCAAGGAGAUGAGGACAAAGGGGUUCAAUCCAAGCAUUGAAUGCUACGAGCAUCUUAUUCGCCUGCUCUGUUCAGUCGCUCGCUUUGAUGAUGCCCUAAAGAUUCUUGAUGACUUUACUAAAGCAGGGCGCCGCAUUUCUUCCUUUAUCGGCAAUACAUUAUUGUGGCACUCUUUAAUCACUCACAAGCUCGACGAGGCUUGGCUCCUUUCAGGAGCUGAGAUGAAUGGGUCACCUGAAAUAUCUAUGCUUGGUAAGCUCAUAGGUGCAUCCUCCGGUCGUAUUAAAAUGGUUGCUGAGAAUGUGGGGAACCUUGAAGAAGUUAUCAAACAAUGCUUCCGUCCCAAUAUCUACACCUACAACUUGCUGUUGAAAAUAUUGUUUGAAGGUGAUGUCCAUGUUGCCAUCAGUUACUUUGACUGGAUUUGUAAGAAAGGAUUGGAACCGAAUCGGUGGACAUAUGAAAUUAUAAUACGGGGUCUUCUCAAACACGGGAGAAGAGCUGAGGCUAAGAGGUGGUAUGACGAGAUGUCUCGGAAUGGGUUCACUCCGUCUAUCGGUACUAGGCUACUCCUCUGAGCAUUGUCCUGGCUCUGCACAACACAUCGUAAUUUACAGGUGUAAUUUACAUGUCUUCACAAUUUUGGAGGGUAAUAAUAGGUUUUUACUGCACUGCCUUAGUUUCCUCAUUUGCAACUGAAGGUCAAUUUCCAGUUGUUGUACAUCACAUUCUUUUUUAUCGGCUUAUCAUUUAACUUAGAGAAGGGAAUCUAUGGUAAGCUAAGCCUCGUAGGCAUUUGAUGUCCUCUUUUAAGAUUUAAAAAUUUCCACAAUCCUUCUGAAUCUCCGAUGUUAUCAAUUGAUCUAGUUUUCUUGCCUUUUA